ACUCGCAUCGUAUUCUCCAAAUGGCAGCCGCGUUCGCGGGGUGCCAUCGCUGCAACAUAACAACUGCAAGCGCAACCCGCGCACCAAGCCAAGCGCAGCAUUGGCGCUAGCUUUGCGACAUAUAGAGGCAGUCGAUAACUUAAAGCGAUGAAGAAUCCGCAAGCCGCUGCGGUUGGACUCGUCGGGGGCGCAUUGCUCCUCCUGCUCCGGCGUAGAACGCAAAGCAAGCCUGACCUGCCUCCGCCACCACCACCACCACCUCCACCUUUACCGCAGCUGCCACAACAUGCUAUGCAGCAGCACAUUCCGCCAGCUCCUCCUGCAGCUGCCGCCCCCGCCCCCGCGCCCAAGUCAAACAUCGUGAGUGGCGCGCUGCAGUCCGUGUUCCUGCUGCUGCUGGGCGCCGCGCUGGCGCUGACGGGCGCCAAGCGGCAGUGGGACGUGUUUGGAGUGCUGCUGGCGGCGGCCAGUGUGCAGCUGGGAGGACAGCUCGCCAAGUGGCUGGGCAGUGGAAGCGGCGGAAGCGGCGGCGGCAACGGCCACCGCCGCGGCGCCGGCACCUCCAGCCGCACACCGCGGGGAGGGCGGGGCGGCGGCAGCGGCAGCGGCAGCGGCAGCAGCGCGGCGGCUGUGGUGGGGCCGGGCGGCGCGGCGGAGGGCAUCCGCGCGCACCCGGUGGCGCUGAGGCCGGACCUGCGCAUGGGCGGCGUGUGGGUCAAGGACGCGGCUCGCUCCGACUCCAUGGACGCCGCGGUGGCGGCCAUGCGGCUGAACGGGCUGGUGCGCACCGCCAUCCGCCUCAUACGCGGCCUGGAGCUGGACCCGGCGGCGCUGGCGGCGGGCAGGUUCGACAUGGCCAUCUUCAGCAUCAUCGCCUGGUUCAAGGUGCGAGAGAGCUACCCACUGGACGGCACAGUGGGCUACUUCAACCGCCGCGACUUGCGGAGAGGCAAGCACGCCGCCAGCGUGUGUGUGCAGCCGGACGGGUCUCUGAUCCUGUCGGUGAGCUGGGGCGAGCCACUGGCCGGCACCGGCACAGACCACUUCGUCCUGGUGCCCGCGGCGGCAGCCGCCACCGCGGCGGCAGCGGCCGCCGCAUCGGAGCCAGCCGCCGCAGCGGGCGGCGGGCCAGGGGCCGUGGGCAGCAGCGCGGGCUCUGUGUCCGGCUCCACGGCGGGGGUGUAUGUGGGAGGCGGCGGCGCAGGUGCUGGGGGCCGGGAGGCCAACCCAGGUGACCUGCUGGUGGUCACCUCCAGCAUCCGGCUUGCGGGCGGCGGCGCGCCUGUAACCUACCGCACCGUGUACGUGCGGGGCGGGCACCAUCACCACCACCACCAACAGCAACAACAAGAACACAGCAACGGCCACCAAAAGCGGCAACACCAGCCGAACCCGCGGGCGCAGCUCACGUAAUUGGCUGGUAGGCGGAGCUGGAGGUGUCUAGGGGCUGGAGGUUUCGGCACGGGGCGCCUCGUGCCCUGAGCGAUGCCCAGCACAGCCCAGGCCUGGAGCUCGGUGUGAGGUGUGGGUUGGAGGCGCGGGGAUGAGGCGCUGGGGGAGCAGGUUGCAAGCCAUGUGCUGGCCGCAGUGGCACAGGGCGCAAUGCGAUUGUGCUGAGGCCGUGUAGAGUCGGGCGUGUGGGGGUGCAGUUUGUGAGGCCUGCUGCGAGGUUGGAUGGCAGGCCGCAGGAUCAGCGCCAUAGCAUCUCCGGAAUCAAUUGCUUAUAUCAUGCCGCACUAGAGGAGACUGAAGACCUGGUAUGUUAUGGAGGUACGGCCGCGCGGGGAUGGUCGCAGUGUGUGUACAGCGCCGCGCCCGUGGACUGUUCGUAACAAGUGCGAGCCGUGACUACAUUGCUUAAUACGGCUUGGACGAACCCAAGAGUACGGUAUUGGUGCGAACUUAGUUGAUAACUAACAAAGUCGCAGAUGGGUAGGCAGCAUAAAUAAGCAGCCGGGCACACUUCAUCCAUGCUGGUGGGGCGCGGCGCCUGGACGAGGGGGGGCAUGAGAAGGCCGCAGGCAUGUAGAUUGGCACCGUACUGGAGGAAUGGUACCACGCCUGGUACCAGUGUGUGUAUGGCAUUGAUGGUAUGCUGCAUCCUGUUUGAUACCGGUGUGCUUGAGCGGGACUGGGGCACUGGGCAAGGCGAGACCUGCGUGCGCACCAUGCGGCAUGGCUGGCCGGCAUGUACUAAGUCACAGAGCAGACAGAGCUGCUGUGGAAGAACGGAUCCCAGCAUAGCGUACAGCCGAUUGGUCCCUGUCGUAAUAUUACCUGAUCAACAGCAGUGCAAGCUGUGAGGCACGGAUCCAUGAAACAUGCGUGGGGCAAGAUGUGGUCACGACUCACGACUGCUGAUCACAUGGAAGGGGCUGGUGGUGGGAGUACCAGGGGGGGGGGAGGUUGCAAGGAUGUUUGGAAAAGCGGUACAGAAUGCACUGGAGCGGGGGCAGAGUAGACACCAGAAAGGCAGGACCGCACUGGGGGACUGGGGGAGUCAGGCCGUCAAGGCAACUUGUGAG